CCUUGUACUUGAAGAUGUACGGGUCGACUAUAUAAGUAGUAUUCGGCCUCUCGACCAUCACUCGCGACCCGGCAACCUCCACCAUGAUUUCCAUUUGGGUGGUGACGACAGUCGUGCUGGCGAUGGCAGGGACCAUCAGCGAAGGCUACGAUUACAAUGUACCAAACCCGCUUUUCGGUGCUAGUUCUGCUCAGGGAUCUACCUCGACUGGGUAUGCCUACCGACCCGGAUCUAACUACAAAGCUUCCUCCAAUUUGGGAUACAGUUCUACCUUUGGAAACUAUGGUAACCACGGCGCCUCUACUGGAAUUGGCUCAGGCUUAAGUAGUACGGGCCACCCAACAGGAUCAUAUGUUCAAAGUAGCUCAUCAUUUGGCACUGACUCAAACAAAAAAUACCUGUCUGGGACGGGAUCGAGUUACAACUCUGGAUACUAUCAAACAGGUUCAGGAUCUACUACCGGAAGUGGUUCUGGAUACUACCAAACAGGUUCAGGAUCUACUACCGGAACUGGUUCUGGAUAUUACCAAACAGGUUCAGGAUCUACUACCGGAAGUGGCUCUGGAUAUUACCAAACAGGUUCAGGAUCUACUACCGGAAGUGGCUCUGGAUACUACCAAACAGGUUCAGGAUCUACUACUGGAAGUGGGUCAAAUUACAACGUAGUUGGCUCUAGCCAAUCAAAUCAUAACUCUGGAUCAGCUUUUGGAACAGGAUCUAACAAUAACUACGGUACAACCGGUUCUUUUGGAUCUAAUAAUUACGGAACUGGUUCAGGACAUCAGCUGACUGAAUAUCAAACUACUUUUGAAAGUACAUCUGAUACGAGCGGCCUAGAUAAGAUUGGCAGCCACUACGAAUCAGCAAGUGCCGCUAACCAAUUUCAGUCCUCAAAUCAAUACCAUUCAGCAGCUAAACAAGAAUAUUAUAUUCAAAACUCCCAACAGCCUACACAAGUAUUCAAACAUUUUUACGUUCUCUCUGCACCUGAAGAACCAGAGCCAGUCAGGCAACGCCAACCGAUUGUAUUGCCACCCACACAAAAACACUACAAAAUAAUAUUUAUUAAGGCUCCCAGUCAACCAGCGCCAUCUCCGCAGAUUAUUACUGUACCUCAACAAAAUGAAGAGAAAACAAUUGUUUACGUCUUGGUAAAGAAACCAGAAGAUGUCAAGAACAUUGCUCUACCAAAAUUCGAAUCUAAGGCACCCACCAAACCAGAAGUAUUUUUCAUCAAAUACAAUGACAAAUCCGAUUCUCAAGCCCUCAUUGAUAAUAUUGUCAAUGAUUACAACAAAGGUGGCGUAAAGGCGUCUUUUUCUAAUUUAAAUAUAGGGAGCAGCAAAGGAUCCACGGUCACUGCAACUGGCCCAACUUUAACGAGCGAAGAAACGUCAGGAUCUCUUGAUAGUAUUUUGAACUCAGAGCAAUCAUUUAUGGUUGGAGGAUCAGAUUCUUCCAGCCAAUUUAAUGAAGGUACUUCUCUUUUAAGUAACAAAGAUGCUUCAAAUAUUAAAACUGGCAGUGGAACAAAUCUUCAGUCAACAUCAAAUUAUGCAACGGGAUCUAUUUAUGUCCCUUUCCAAGAAAAUAAACAUAGUAGCAGUUACAAUUCCUAUGAUUCGGCUAUAAAACAGGAAACCGGUAACUUUCCUUCUGUGAAUAACGACGUAAGUUCAAGCACAUCUGAGUCUGCUGUGGAAAAUAUUGACAAUAGAUUUAAUACUGACAUCGCAGCUAGUACUAUUAACCAGGGUACCGGUGAAACAUUCGCAGCAGUAGUAAAUGAUGAGUCUAGUUCUGUAUCGUCAAUAAUUUCCAAUUCGAAUUUGGACAGCAGUUUUGGAUCAAGUGGUCUUGAUACUACUUUACCUAGCAAUCUGUACGGUAGUUCCACUGUCAAAGACUCUAGCAACGGAUUAGGUAGCUCAACUGCUACAUCUUUUGGGACUGCAUUAGAUUAUAACUCUGGAACAUCAUACAAUUCCUACAACACAGCCAAGCCCAGCGUUAGUUUUGGCACACAUUAUAAUAACUUAGAUUCCAGUAGCGGAAGUAGUGCAGUUGGCUCUGAAACUUAUAGCUCGUCCUCUGGAUUUGGCUCUGGUGUAUCAUCCGUAAACACACAUCAUCAAAACAGCCUACCGUACAACUCGUUCGGCUCCACAACCCCAAAUGUCUUGCCUUCUGGCGCCCAAUCGAGUUAUGAUUCUUCCCUAGUGUCGCCCAGUCAAGGAGUUCCCCAUGAAACCUAUGGCCCACCCAAGUUUAAAGUAUUUUAAAGUUAAAGAAACUGUUAUGUUAAAUCUUAAAUUUGGACGAUAAUAAAAUAUUAUUCAAUA